CAAAUUAAUCAACCAAUAACGAAAUUGAUUGAAAUUCCUUCCCCCAAAACUAAAAAACUAUGAGUGUGGCUUGUCUUGAGGGUCCGACACUGACGGAAUUCGUCAAAGACGCGGAGGCCUUCGACAAAUGCGUCGAUGAGCAAUUCGACAAGCUCGACACCGACGACGACGGAGAGUUGUCGCGCUCCGACCUCCAGACAAGGCACGGAAGGUUUUCGUCGGUGGAGUUCGAGUUGCAAUCGAAGGAAGAGAUCACGAGCAUGUACGAUACCCUUUUCGAGACGUUCGACGCGGAUGGAAACGGGAAGAUCGAUCGCGAGGAAUUCAGGACGUUGAUGAGGGAAAUCGUGCUAGCCAAGGCCCGUGGGAUCGGCCUGUCACCGGUUUUGAUUAUCCUCCAAGGAGACAGCUUGCUUAUGAGGGCCGUAGAGCAUGGCUUGGCCAAAAGUAAUUGAUCUGAAUGUUUUUAAGAAAUGACUCAAAAUAAAUAGACAAAAUUUGUUAGUUGUAUUUAUUGAAUAGAAUUGCAUGACCCAUGAAUUAAAUAACGAGAAAGAAUUUAUUUUGCGGAUCUCAUAUCAAUUUGGGAUCAUCGAGAUUUGGUUUC